AUGGGCAGCGUCAGUAGCCUGAUCUCUGGCCACAGCUUCCACAGCAAGCACUGCAGAGCCUCCCAGUACAAGCUGCGCAAGUCCUCGCACCUGAAGAAGCUCAACAGGUACUCGGACGGGCUGCUGCGCUUCGGCUUCUCCCAGGACUCCAGCCACAAAUCCAGCUCCAAGAGCAGCAAGAAUGAGGAUUUCUUUUACAUCAAGGUCAGCCAGAAGGCUCCUGGCUCCCACCGAGCGGACUACACCUCGCUGGCUGCUGGGGAGCUGGGCAGCCAGGCUGGCACCAGCAGCAUGGAGUUUGGGAGCCCCACGCCGCAGAAGCUGAUGCCCUUCCCCAGUCAGCUGGAAGUGGGUGCAGAGAAGCCAACCCCACGGCCCACAGCCUUCAAGCCGGUGCUGCCCCGCGCCGGUGCCAUCCUCCACUCCUCCCCAGAGAACGGGGGGCAGCUGGCCCAGCAGCUGCACCCCCAGGACAAAGGCAAGGAGCAGGAGCUGAGGCCGGUGCUGUGCUCAGGGGGUCUGUCUGACUCGGGCAGGAACUCCAUGUCCAGCCUCCCCACGCACAGCACCAGCAGCAGCUACCAGCUGGACCCCCUGGUGACGCCCAUGGGCCCCAUCAGCCGCUUCGGGGGCUCAGCCCACAACAUCCUGCAGUGUGCCAUCAUCCAGGACAGCAACAUGAUGAGCCUCAAGGCCAUGUCCUUCUCUGAUGGGGGCAACAAGAUCCUCAACCCUGGCAAAGCUGCCCACCAGCACCGCGCCGCCGAGAAGACCACCUGCGUCCGCUCGCCCAUCUCCACGGACGAGUCCACCAUCCAGGAGCUGGAGCAGAAGCUGCUGGAGAGGGAGGGAGAGCUGCAGGAGCUUCAGAUGAGCUUCGAGGAGAAGGAAAUCAGCUCCUGCCAGGUGUAUGAGGAGAAGCAGAGGCGCUGCAAGGAGGAGCUGGAGGGCCUCAAGCAGAAAUGCAACAGCAAGCUCAAGCAAACCUCGCAGAAAACCCAAAGGACGCAGCAGGUCCUUCACCUUCAGGUGUUCCAGCUUCAGCAGGAGAAGAAGCAGCUCCGGGAGGAGCUGGAGAACCUCAUGAAAGAGCAAAACCUGCUGGAGACCAAGCUGAGGUCCUACGAGAAGGAGAAGACCAGCUUCGCCCCGGCGCUGGAGGAGACCCAGUGGGAGGUGUGCCAGAAGUCAGGGGAGAUCUCCCUCCUGAAGCAGCAGCUGAAGGAGUCCCAGACUGAGCUCAACAGCAAGACCGCUGAGAUCCUCAGCCUGAAGGCUCAGUUGAAGGAGGUGAGGAUGAAGCUGGAAGGGCUGGAGAUGAAGACCCAGGACCUGGAGGGCUCCCUGCGCACCAAAGCCAUGGAGCUGGAGGUGUGUGAGAACGAACUGCAGCGCAAGAAGAACGAAUCCGAGCUGCUGAGGGAGAAGGUGAACCUGCUGGAGCAGGAGAUCCUGGACCUGCGGACGGAGCUCUCCCUCCUCAAGGAGCAGCUGAGCGAAGCCCGGGAGGUGGCCAGGCCCUGCAGCAGGGUGGAUGAUGCUCAGGCCCUGCAGGGAGAGCUGGAGAGGCUGAGGGCAGAGCUGAAGGCGGAGCGAGACAACAACGAGCAGAUGACCUCCGGCUUCCAGCAAGAGCGGCAGACGUGGAAGGAGGAGAAGGAGAAGGUGAUCCACUACCAGAAGCAGCUGCAGCAGAGCUACUUGCACAUGUACAAGAGGAACCAGAACCUGGAGAAGAUGCUCCAGCAGCUGGCUGCAGGGGAGGAGGGCAAGGAGCCCAUCGAGCUGGACAUACCUGGUGCCGACGUCCCCUACGAGGACAUCAUCGCCACCGAGAUCUGA